CUCGUCGUCCGGGAGUGGACCGGAGCGUUGCGCGGCGGGGCGAUGAGCGGCGCCCGGGCCCCGGGCCCCGAGGCCGGCGCCGCCGGGGCCGAGCCCCCUGGCGCGGCGCUGAGCGUGGACGUGGCGGGGCUGCUGGCGCAGCUGGCGCGCAGCUUCGCGCUGCUGCUGCCGGUGUACGCGCUGGGCUACCUGGGCCUGAGCUUCACCUGGGUGCUGCUGGCCCUCGGGCUGCUCGUGUGGUGCCGCAGGAGCCGCGGCCUCAAGGCCACCCGUCUGUGCCGCGCGCUGGCGCUGCUGGAGGACGAGGAGCGCGCCGUGCGCCUGGGGGUGCGCGCCUGCGACCUGCCGGCCUGGGUUCAUUUUCCAGACACUGAAAGAGCAGAAUGGCUAAAUAAGACUGUAAAACACAUGUGGCCUUUUAUUUGCCAAUUUAUAGAGAAGUUAUUUCGAGAAACCAUAGAGCCGGCCGUGCGGGGAGCACACACCCACCUCAGCACCUUCAGCUUCACGAGGGUUGACGUGGGGCAGCAGCCCCUCAGGAUCAAUGGUGUUAAGGUGUAUACUGAAAAUGUGGACAAAAGGCAAAUUAUUUUGGACCUUCAGAUUAGUUUUGUAGGAAAUUGUGAGAUUGAUUUGGAGAUCAAGCGAUAUUUUUGUAGAGCUGGUGUGCAAAGUAUACAGAUUCACGGUACAAUGCGGGUGAUCCUGGAACCACUGAUUGGAGACAUGCCCUUAGUGGGAGCUUUGUCUAUCUUCUUCCUUAGGAAGCCACUUUUAGAAAUUAAUUGGACAGGACUGACUAAUCUUCUCGAUAUCCCCGGAUUGAAUGGUUUGUCAGAUACUAUCAUUUUGGACAUAAUAUCAAACUAUCUGGUGCUUCCCAACCGAAUCACGGUUCCUCUCGUCAGCGAAGUUCAAAUAGCACAGUUGCGGUUUCCUAUACCAAAGGGUGUCCUGAGGAUACACUUUAUUGAAGCUCAGGAUCUUCAGGAAAAAGACACCUACCUUAAGGGACUUGUCAAGGGGAAGUCAGACCCCUAUGGAGUGAUUCGAGUUGGCAACCAAAUCUUCCAAAGCAAGGUCAUCAAGGAGAACCUCAGUCCAAAGUGGAACGAGGUGUACGAGGCUCUGGUCUAUGAACACCCCGGACAGGAAUUAGAGAUCGAGCUCUUUGACGAAGACCCAGACAAGGACGACUUCCUCGGAAGUCUUAUGAUUGAUCUUAUUGAAGUUGAAAAGGAGCGCCUUUUAGAUGAAUGGUUCACCCUGGACGAGGUCCUCAGAGGAAAGCUGCACUUGAAACUGGAGUGGCUCACGCUCAUGCCAGAUGCUUCAAACCUCGAGAAGGUGCUGACAGACAUCAGAGCUGACAAAGAUCAAGCCAAUGACGGGCUGUCCUCCUCGCUGCUCAUCUUGUACUUGGACUCAGCCAGGAACCUCCCGAGUAACCCAUUAGAAUUUAACCCUGAUGUCUUCAAGAAGGCUGCAAUUCAGAAAGCUUUAAAGUCAGGGAAGAAAAUAUACAGCAACCCAAAUCCUCUUGUCCAAAUGUCAGUUGGUCACAAGGCCCAGGAGAGCAAGAUUCGGUACAAAACCAAUGAACCUGUGUGGGAGGAAAACUUCACUUUCUUCAUUCACAAUCCCAAGCGCCAGGAGCUCGAGGUGGAGGUGAAGGACGAGCAGCACCAGUGUUGCCUGGGGAACCUGAGGAUCCCUCUCAGCCAGCUGCUCGCCUGCGAGGACAUGACCCUGAACCGGCGCUUCCAGCUCAGUAACUCAGGUCCCAACAGCUCGCUGAAGAUGAAGCUCGCCCUCAGGGUACUCCACCUUGAAAAGCAAGAAAGGUCUCCAGACCACCAGCAUGCAGCUCAGGUAAAGCGACCCUCUGUUUCCAAGGAAGGGAGAAAAAUAUCCGUCAGAUCUCGUAUGUCUGCAUCGCCAGGCACUGGUGACAGCUGCACAGCCCCGUCCACGCCGGUCAUCGGGGGCUGCGAUAAUAAGCCAGGUGUGGAAGAGGGAGCCCAGCGUGCAGAGGCCAGCCCACAGGGGCCGCGGGACCUGGGCAGGAGCCCCUCCAGCCUCCAGGCCGGCAGCACCGGCUCCCCCAGCCGCGCCCCCGCCAAGGAGCCCACCCCGAGCAUCGCCUCGGACAUCUCGCUGCCCGUGGCCACGCAGGAGCUGCGACAGAGGCUGCGGCAACUGGAGAACGGGACGACCCUGGGACAGUCCCCGCUGGGGCAGAUCCAGCUAACCGUCCGGCACAGCUCGCAGAGGAACAAGCUGGUGGUGGUCGUGCACUCCUGCAGAAAUCUCAUUGCCUUCUCCGAAGACGGCUCUGAUCCCUACGUCCGCCUGUACUUGUUACCAGACAAGAGGAGGUCAGGAAGGAGAAAAACACACGUGUCAAAGAAAACGCUGAACCCCGUGUUUGAUCAGAGCUUUGAUUUCAGUGUCUCGUUGCCGGACGUGCAGAGGAGAACCUUGGACGUGGCUGUGAAGAACAGCGGUGGCUUCCUGUCCAAAGACAAAGGGCUUCUCGGCAAAGUCCUGGUCGGUCUGGCAUCUGAAGAACUCGCCAAAGGCUGGACCCAGUGGUACGACCUCACGGAGGAUGGGACGAGGCCCCACGUGGUGACGUAGGCUGCGCUGGCCGAGGAGCCCCCGCUGUAUCUGCCAGCCCCGUGCCGACACGCAGCCCACACAGACGCACCCAUGCUCUUUUUAUAAUUUCAUGUACUUGGUUACUUGUCCCUUAGUGGUUUUAUAAAAACAUUGACGUUUUAGGCGUAUUUGGCCAUUAUUAGCAUUAAGUUUUGUAUGGUUAAUUUCCUCUAGUAUUUGACCAGUUUUUUCGGCGUGCGUAGGAUAGUGGUCAACCGUUGUGUGCGUAAAGCUGUAUGUCAGUUGUCUCUCCUAGGAAGCCGAUGUACGGUUGUGCUUUUUUAUGGCUUUGUUUUGUAUAUCACUGAGGUGCACUAUGCUGUGUAAAUAGACUAUUUUUUAUAAUCUCUACAUGCUGGUUUGAAUUCAGAAGAAAAUGGAUCAAGGAAAUAUAUAUAUUUUUUUCUUCUAAAACUUAUUAAAUUCUUAUGACAAAUAACAGUUUUUGUCUCUGCAGGGAAAAGCUCUCAGUGACCUAUUUUGUGGUGUUUCUUUUUAAAAAGAAAAGCUGAAAGAUUAGUAAAUAUUAGUAUAUUUCUGCCCAUUAUGAAUGAUGAAAGAAUGUAUUCAAAGUAUUUACACUUUCAUAAAUAUGAAGAUAUAUUAUUGAGAAGUCAGUUGAAGUGCUUAUAAGGAAAAAUGUCAUAUAACUGAGUUAUAUAAAAUAUGAAGAGAGUUGUCAUGGUUCAUAAAUCAUAGUGCACUAAUCUGAAAUUUCUUACAUAAAAUGGAAUGUCUUAAGUUUAUUUCUAGUUGCUUGUUGUAACUUAUUCAUGAAAUAGUGCAGAUACAUAAUCAUACUUUUCCUGAAAUGUAAUACAGACGGAUUUUAAAUGUUAGCAGUUAGUCUGUUGUGAAAUUUACAGUGUUUUUUUCAGCCCGAAAAGAAAGGCAAACUCAUGUUGUCCCCGUAGAGGCUGUGAGGUAGGUCGCGGUGAGUAGCUAGGAAGCCGACGCCGGCCCGUGAUCGUCAGCGUGACGCACACAGAGGACAGAGCCCCUGAGCCGGCGCCAGCCACCGCCACGGCCCCGGGGUUCCGGCACAGCGGCUGCUGGUUGUAAAGAACCCCUUGCUGGGUUUCCUCACUUUAUACCACGACUGACCUCAGUGUUGGGAUAUUGUUAUACAGCUUUUAUUUGGGAAUAUUUUUCUUCUUAGAUUACAAAAAGCAUGUUUUAGAUACUUAAAGGCCCCAAGCCUCUUAGGAGGUGAGGCUGCAUAGCUGUGCGGUAGCUGUGCGUGCCCCGAACACAGGGUGCACGUGUGCAGAAGGAGCUUUAAGGAUUCUAAGGCGUGUGAUGCAAAUGACUUCCUGAGCCACGGGGGCACCCCACAGUUAUGCCGUAAUCCUGGGGAAAACAGAGCUGUGAGAUUGAGUCAGAGACCUCACUAGGGCCCCGCCAUGGACUCCUGGGCGUGACCGGCCUGCCCAAGUGCCUGUGUGGACGCCACCGCUGCUCCUGCCCUCUGGCGGGUUUCAGUUGUGUCCACCGUACACUUUGAACCCUGGGUGUGCGUGUGAUGGGGCCUGUAGCCUUGCAGUACGUCUCACGCAGUUGUGCAGACCCGGUGCUCUCGCAGCUUCCUGGGUCAUGAAGCUUCUCCGAAGCCCCAGCAGAGACCAUCUCCUCCGUCAGCGCAGAGGGCGUGAGGAACGUGGUGACACUCAGGGGUGUGUGCUCGGGAAACACCUAAAUCUGGUAUUUUAGCAGCGUGAGGAAGACAGGUAAUUCCUAAAUCUAAAUCUAGUUGCCUGCCCGUGGUAUUAGAUCUUUGGAGAUUUUUUAAAAAUUAGGUUUGUUGUGGGAAUUCCCUGGUGGUCCAGUGGUUAGGACUCGACGCUCUCACUGCCAGGGGCCUGGGUUUGAUCCCUGGCCAGGGAACUAAGAUCCCACAAGCCAUGUGGUGCAGCCAAAAAAAAAGGUUGUUUCAGGGCUUCUGGCAGUGGUCCCCAGCCUUUUUGGCCCCAGGGCCCAGUUUCGUGGAAGACAGGGGGUGGCGUGGGGGAAGAUGGCUCAGGCGGUGACGCCAGCAGUGGGGAGCUAUGGGGAGCGGCAGGGGAAGCUUCGCUCGCUUGCCCGCCGCUCACCUCCUGCUGUGCGGCCCGGUUCCGGUCCUCCUCCCGGGGGCUGGGGACCCCUGGCUCCUGGCAUAAUUUCCAAGACAGGAGAAACACUCACUGAAAUGUAGCAUACCAGUGAUUUCUACCAACAUCCCCAGCAUUUGGGUUUUGUAGCCACGUGGUUCACCUAUUCAGCGUGUAUUUUACACGAUGGAAUACUUUAGUUAAGCAAUUAGGCAAAAUAAAUGCCGUGAAAGGUACAAGACCCAAACGAAGCCAGUUAGCAGCAUGAUGCCCACCCUCUGUGUGGACGGGCGGGCUGGACACAGACCCAGCAGCCAGCGCCAUUCUCUUCGAAAGGAAAGGGGCGAUCUAAGGUCACUGAAAUACCUCCCAGGCAGGAUUCUGUCCUGAUGGCCGAUGGGUGUUUUGGGAACCUCUUGUGUCCAGUCGGGCAGCUGAGAAUCAGUAUCAGGCCAGACCCCCGGCCGGGCUCCAGGAUCCUGGCGAUGGACACUCUGUUCUCAAAACUUUCAUCGCCGGUGGUUCUGAAUAAUUGAUUCAUCUGGGAAAAGGGAACUUUAGCUUUUCUACCUUGAGCCAAACCAAUGGAGGGGAAAUUAGUGUUGGUUAAUUUGAAUUGUUACUUUGUUGCUUAUCCUGUGCCUUAAAGUAGGAAGUGUGAGGCCUUGCUUCAGGUUAAAACACAAGGAGCCUUGCAGCUGAGUUCGCCACAGUUAUUCCUCAUCCAGAGGUCGGCCCUCCUUUGUCAAGCACUGAAGCCAAAUGCAGUCAGCGUGUGUGUUUAUAUUGUGGUUGUUGCUUUAAUUCCAGUCUAGCUGGACGGCCCGCUGUGGAUGGAACACAGCAGAGGGUUUAUUGUAGAAUGCCCUUUCCGCUCAACUAAUUUUACAUGACAGUGCAUGUGUUUAUUCAAUAAAACUUUUCUGUUAGUUCA